AUGCUCAGCGGCGGGCCCUUCUCCACGCUUGUUCGGAGAUCCUUCUCCACCUUCCGUCCGCCUGGCAAGCGGCCGAACUUCCUCAAUUCCGAUCGCUCGCGCCGCGUCGCCGAGGCCGCCAGCAAGCCGCUCUAUGCCAACCAGUCGGCCUCGGCCUCCGGCCAGGGGACCUCCUCGUCGCAGACCCCCGACAGCAACCCCUCCGCGCACUACACCCCGUCAUACAUGCCCCCGGAGACUCCCUUCUCUUCCUCUUCUUCCUCUUCCUCCUCCUCCUCCUCCUCCUCCUCCUCCUCCUCCUACUCCUCCUCCUCCUCCUCCAGCGCCGCGGCGGGCCACGCCUCGACUUCCAGCUCCUACGAGGCCGGGGUUUCCGGUGCGCCGCCCGUCACCUGGCCCGGUGCUGAAUCUACCCCUCUCGAUAUGGCGCGCUUCAUGCUGAAUAUGCCGUAUGUGAUCCUGCGCCGUCCCAUGCGCUGGUCCAACCUCCUGCUGGACAUCGAUGUGGCCUUCAAGUACUCGAUGGACACGCCGCGCGCCCACACCGACCCGGCCUUCGUGCAGGUCCCCGGCGCUCCGACCGAGCUGACCCCCCUCGGCGAGGCCAUCGAGAUGAGCAACGGCCUGAAGGGCUUCCUCCAGCGGACCCUCCUCAAGCGUCGCCACUGGUCACACAUCCGUGUGCAGGACUUCUACGGGCGCGAUCUAUUUGUCAUUCGGCGGCAGCCCUUCCUGGUGAACUCCGUCACCCGGAUCUAUGACCCCUCUGAGACCAUGCUUCUGGGCGAGGUCCGCCAGGUGUGGCACCUGCUCAGCCGCAAGUAUGAUCUCUAUGCCGACGGCGAGCGUUUCGCCCAUACCGAUGGUGGCAUUUUGGCUUGGACCUAUCCGGUCCAAUCGACUACAGAUGGCCAGCUGAUGACCGUCACCCAGCGUGUUUUCACGGCGCUGGCGCGCGAGCUGUUCGUUGACCAGAGUGUCUUCGUGGUGGGGAUGGACGCCCAGCCGCCGAACUGGCCGGGGCCGCCCAAUGCCUCCCAGCGGUUGGGUGUCGUGCCGGAGAAAUACCGGCCCGCCCUGCUCGCUCUGGCCUUCGCCAUUGACAUCGACUAUUUUGCUUUCCGGCAUUAGAGCCACCAACAGCCAUGCCAUGUAUCUGCACACGCGCGUGCAUCCCGUUGCUGUUGUCCCCGUGUCCCAUACACGCAGGUGGAGGCAGACCCACCCAAGUCCCAG